AUGAAUAUCGAUGCAAUUUGUAAAAUUAGCUCCAAAGGAUAUGCAUCCACCGUAAAGUCCUCUGAAAAUCAAACGUUAUAUAGUAAUAUAGAUGGUGUAACAUGCAGGUUUCGUGAGAUAAUACCUAGUGAGACAAAGAAUAUACAGAUAUUUGAGAAACACAUAAAAUCUCUAGUGAAAGCAUUUCUGAGUGGUUAUAAUGCUUGCAUACUGUGUUAUGGUGAGGUCAAUUCAGGAAUUAACACAUUAAUUAACGGGCCGAAUUCCUAUCAGGAAGGAAUACUGAAGUUAAUAAUGCUAGAAAUAUUUCGGAAUGUAUUUCAUGGUAUUACUCUGUUUAUUAAUUCUGUUCAUUCAGAAGAUGAACUCAAUCUGAAUCUACAUAAAGAAGCUUUAUCGGUUCAGUCACUGCUGAUUGGAAGUGACGGGUUCACUGAUUUGAUUCGGAGCGCUUCACAGUUGACGAAAUUGUUAUAUGAUGAAAUUGGCGGCAAUUGCUACACCAGAAUAAUCCUUUGUUUGUCAUCCACUCCUGAUCCUGAGACGUAUACACUUCUACUCCGACUAACUUCACAAUUUACACAUAUUACAAACGCUCCAGUUAUGAAUGAUGAUUGUGCCUUGUUGUUGGCGGCGAGAGCAAGAGAAGCCCAGUAUCUUCUGGAACAAGUUAUUCAUGAACAAGAUGAUAAAACAAAUGUAAACUCAAUGUACAACGGGAGCAAAAUACGAAAUACUGACGCUCCUUUCCUCAGAUUAAAAGAACAUGUUCAAGAAUUAUCUGAAAGCCUUGAGAAAACCCACUUGGAAUUGGCACAUGCCACUGAUGAGCGUGUAAAAUUAUCGAAAGCAUGGCUUGUGAGUGAAGAGGAUAGAAUGCAGGCGAAUGAAAAAUUAGCACAGACCGAGUUGCAACUACAUGAGGUUCGUUUGAAAAACGAUGAACUUCUUAUGCUUUGUGAAAAAGGCACUGAAGCGUUGAAACAUGUUACUGAAUUGCAAAAGUCUAAUGAAAUGCUGAAUAGGUAUUGUACUGAAUUGAAAAGAAAACUUGACGAUCUACACAAAGAAUUGGAUAAAAUGUCUAUGCGUAACGAAGAGUUGAGUCGUGAACUGCUUCAUCAGACAGUAGAACAAAAGUCUGUACUGACAUUUUUGGCAAAUAAAACUUCGAACAGGAUGAAAGAAUUGCCAAGAUUUGAAAAAGAACUAAAUCGUGUAGAAAUGAUGCUUGGCGUGAAAUCCCAUAAAAAUAGAGGCGAGAAUUUCAGUCUUUCUCCUGAAACAUUUGAGCAUAAAGCCAAUACAAUGAAUACGAAUCCCAACUCCAUUAACACCCCACUGCCAAAAAAGAAGUGCACUGAUCCAAGCGACAAUAUCCUCAAAAAGGCUGAAGAACAAGUGAAACUUGAUAUGGUUGUGAAAGAACGCGACUACCUACAGUCGGAGAUAACAAAAACUAACCAAAAGUUAACUCACAUUUUGGACAAAUUCAGAACUAGAUUGAUCUACCAUAUUAGCGGAAUAACUCGACUAGUUGAUGCGGCCAAGUCGAAUGAUCAGAUAAUCGCCAGAGAGGCUGUUUAUGGACUUGAGAAAUACACUAAUCACUUACUAGCUGAUGUUCAGGCAACCUACAAAAUACGAGAGAAUGAAUUAAUAAAAAUGAUUCAAUCACUGAAUACACAAUUUCGGGCCACCCGUGAGGCGAUACACAAAGUUAUGAUAUUUUACGCUAAAUUAAGAACACAAGCUAUACAACGUGAUUCAGGUGUCAGAGAUCCAGGACCAACACCGCAAGAUUUGAUUGAUCAGUUGAAUCUACCGCCUGAAAACAAUGCUGACUAUUUGCUUAAUUUGAGUGCUUCUGUAAUGGCAGAAAGUACUGAACCUGUUAGAAAUCAAUCCAAACUACUAAGAAGACAAAAUCUUUAUGAAUAG